AUGGCCCGCAAUACUCGAUUUAUCCUCGUUCUUACCUUAUUCAUACUCUUCGCCGUUGCCGUUGGGGACGAUGUCGAAGGCUGUCCCCCAGGGCUGCCAUAUUCUCCCUUUAUUCCAUAUUUUCGCUAUCCGGCCGACUCUGCACAGGCAUGCUGGGGCUUUGCUAUCUGCACCUUUAUGGAAGCCGACGAGGCGCGCAAACAACAGUACGGAGCAACCGCCCUUGUGAUGGGCUUGGUGCCACUAACACUACGCGAUAUCGCCUGGCCCGAGCGACGUACUGUACUGGUCUCUGCCCCGCUACCAUUCAUCGCUGCGACGGCUGUUAGGGCGCUGGGCUUGGAGCCCACGCUUGCGGCAGAUGUGGAGGAGGAGCGUCUCCGACUGUGGUUGUCAUGGAUGCGCACGGGGUGGCUCACGAAUAUCAAAGCGAAAUCAAACAUCAUGAAAGCUCUAUUCGUCACUGUUACCUUUGUGCUUCUCCUCGUCUCCUAUGCCGCGUUGGCGCUGGUGGAAAUAUACUCUAAACGGAGUGCACUCGGCUGUCCGUAUCCCAUCUUUUGUCUGACGUGGUGCCUGGUGGGGAUUGUCCCGGGUGCGGUCCACAGCUUGUUUGCCAGCUGGCGGGAAGAUAAAUCGGGAAGAGCAGGUAGAGAGACGGCGGUGCAGGGAGCAGAUGAAGCCUGGCCGGUCCAGCUAACGUGGGCUAUCUAUUACACUGCAGGCACGCUUGUGUUUACAUCAAUCAUGGCUAUUACGGUGUUGGAGCUGUUCGUGUGGGUGGUUGUCAUGUUUGCUGUGACUGGGGCUAGCAAGCUCCUCGCUCUUUAUAUCUCUUGUGCUUAA